AUCAUCUUGAACAAUCAUCCCUCUCUCCUCUGUAUGACAACCAAAAUGUCGCACCAGCAGAAUGACACCAUGGAAAAGCUCGGGCCAAUCAAAGGGGUCAAUUCGCAUACCACCGAGCAGAACACAGCCUAUACUAUGCCGCCGAAUGGUGGUCUCCGGGCCUGGUUGCAGGUGGCAGGAUCUUUCUUCCUCUUCUUCAACUCAUGGGGAACUGUCAACACAUUCGGUGUCUUCCAGACAUACUAUGAAAUCGACCUGCUGAAGACCCAGUCCAGCUCAGCUAUCUCCUGGAUUGGCGCAGUCCAGGCAUUUCUUCUCCUCCUGAUUGGGGUCAUCACCGGUCCCCUCUACGACUUGGGAUACUUUUAUAUCCUCGUCUUGACCGGCUCCACCCUCAUCGUCGUCGGAUUCAUGACCCUCAGCGUCUGCACCUCAUACUGGCAAGUCCUCCUCGCGCAAGCGUUCUGUAUCGGCCUUGGAAACGGAUGUCUCUACAUCCCAUCCGUAGCCAUAAUCCCGCAGUACUUCUCCUCGCGGCGACCCAUCGCUAUCGCCCUCGCCGCGUCCGGAAGCAGUCUGGGCGGCGUUCUCUAUCCCAUCGUUUUCCGUCAACUCCAGCCUCGCAUCGGAUUUGGAUGGUCUACGAGAGUCCUCGGACUUAUAGCUCUUGUAACAAGUGCAUUUUCCCUGUGCGUCAUGUGCGUGCGUCAAGCACCAAACCACAGACGGGUCCUAACAGAACUCUCCGCCUUUAAAGAGACCCCAUACGCUCUUUUCUGCUUGGCCAUGUUCUUUGGCUACAUUGGCUUUUUCAACCCCAUCUUCUACAUUGAAGCCUAUGCCAUCCAGAAGCACGCUAUGGCAGAACCACUUGCCUUCUAUCUGGUCUCCAUCCUCAAUGCUGCUUCCGUUCCAGGGAGAAGUAUUCCGGGACUUCUGGCCCCUCAUCUUGGUCUUUUGAGCAUCCUCCUGGGGAGUGCCAUUAUCAGUGGGCCUUUGUCGCUGUGCUGGAUCGCUAUUUCGGACUCGGGUGGCUUGAUUGUAUUCGCCGUCUUAUAUGGGUUUUUCUCCGGCGCUUUUGUUGCACUGCCCGCUGUUGCUUUGACCACCCUCACUCCGAAUCUUGAGACCUUGGGAACAAGAAUGGGCAUGUACUCAGUGUUGUGUGGCUUGGGGUCCUUGUGCGGUUCGCCUGUUGCAGGGGCUAUUCUGGAUCAUACGGGAUUGUAUCUGGGCAUACAGCUGUACUCGGGGAUAAGUAUCGGCGCUACGGGUGUGCUGCUGCUCUUCGCAAGGCUGCUGAAGAAGAAUUGA